AUGCGGUUCCCCGGCAGGACGCCCCCGGCCCGCUUCUUCUUCGCCCUUUGCCUCUGGAGGCUGGUGCCGGGCCGGGACGCCUCAGGAACAGAGGAAGUAGUCUUUGGGAAGGUUGGAGGAAGCAUCCUCCUUUUAUGCCGAAAUGUCUCCAAAGAAGCAACCGAGGUGGUCUGGUUUCAAGGGGAUCCGAAAAAAAAAGAUCCGCUCUCUUUCCCCCCACUCUUCUCCUCAAGGGUCACUUUCCCCCCGGACGUCCGUUUCUCCCUGGUUGACAACAGCUCUCUGCGCAUCACGGAGCUGCGUGUGCAGGACGAAGGCAACUACACUUGCAAGGAAGUGCUGAACAAGACGGACCACGAGCACAGGGUGCAGCUCGUGGUAGCCAAUCCACCGCACUCGACCCCAAAGUGCUGGGCUGAGACUUCUUCGUCGGGGCUGACGCUGCAGCUGUUUUGCAGCUGGCCUGGGGGGUACCCCCACCCCACCCUGCACUGGAGAGAAGAGGGGCACGAUCUGGAGAACUCAAGCUGGGUCAUCAGCUCCACGAGCUCCUCGGACACCCACGUGGAAACGCUGAACAGCUCCCACCUCUCCCACCGCAAAGCGUUCACGUGUGUUGGGAGCCAUGUCGUCAAGCAGGAGGAGCCUGCGUGCACUGUGGAGAUAAAAAUCCCUUCACUGGAAUCAGAGCCCCCAAAGACCUGCUUUGUGGGUGACAACGUGACCCUGAUGUGCCGCGUGACCGAGAGCACCCCAGCAGCGAGGCUCACCUGGCUGCGGGGCAUCGCCCAGCCAGAGGUGGAGAUCCAGCCCGGAGGGAGGUACCUCGUCACCCAGGAGGGCAACGUGUCCCGGCUCACCAUCCGCAACUGCUCCCAGGGCACCGAUGGGGGCUGUUACGUCUGCAAGGCGCAGAACCCCGUGGGGCUGAGGGAGUUGUUCGUCUGCCUGACGGUGAAGCAGCCGGUGAACAUCGUUGGAGUCGUGGGCGCAGUGGUGGUGCUGUCCCUGCUGGCUAUUCUCACCGUCACCGGGGUUGUCUUGUACUACAAUCCCCUCCUGUGCCUGAGAGGUGCUGCAUUCAGGAAUCAGGACUCGGGUGAUGUCUUGGUGCUGGUGGACUCAGACGACGACGACGACGAGGGGAAGGGGGAAGAGGAGACCAUGAGCAGCUCCGCCAAGCACGAGGCGAUGGCGCUGGUCAACGGGAACAGCCUCCAGGCUGCUUACCUCAACUGCCUUAUGGAAGGUGACGAUGGCGAGCAGGACGGCGGAGCCUCUCCGCAGGAACCAACGGGAGAAGAGACGCGAGGCACGUAG